AUGGAACAAAUGAAGGAGAGAUUUGUUAAAUUGCUAUUGGGGGAGGAUAUGUCCAGUGGAGGAAAGGGUGUUUCAUCAUCUCUGGCACUGUCAAAUGCAUUCCCAAACCUUACUGCUGCUGUUAUUUCUGAACAAAAGUGCCUAGAGCCGAUGCUUCCCAAGAGGAAAGGCAGAUGGAGAAAGGAAAUCGAUUGGCUUCUAUCAGUGACAGAUUAUGUUGUUGAGAUGGUUCAUACUCAACAAAAAUCAAAAGAUGGAUCCAGCAUGGAGAUUAAGACUACGCGACAACAAACGGAUCUCCAUAUGAAUAUCCCUGCCUUAAGAAAGCUUGACAACAUGCUUAUUGAUUGUCUAGAUAACUUCAAAGACCAGAAUGAGUUCUACUAUGUAUCAAAAGAUGCAGAUGAUGCAGAUAAAGAUAGUUCAAAGAGAAAAAAUGAUGACAAGUGGUGGUUACCUACACCUAAGGUUCCUGCAGAGGGUUUGUCUGAUGCGGUGAGAAGGUUUCUGCAGUAUCAAAAAGAUUUUAUGAAUCAAGUACUUAAAGCAGCGAUGGCCAUAAAUGCACAAACUCUAUUGGAGAUGGAGAUCCCUGAAAGCUAUAUUGAACCCCUACCCAAGAUAAGUAAAAAAGAACUAGUAUCUACAUAG